CAAUAGUCAAUAAUUUUAAAUAGUCAAAUAAUAUAACAUCAUAUCUUUAUGACUUUCGUAGUAAGAAAAUAGAAUUUACGCUAAACAUUCCCCUAUACUACAUGGUUUCAGAACGAUAAACGAGGUGAUAUUAGGGUCGUGCUGGACAUACUACUCUUUGUGCUGGACCUUCAUUAUGGUGUAAAAAACUGUGUUUAUUUGAAAAAUGCAUUUAUGAGCCACUUACCAAAUUAGGUAUUUUAUUUUCGUAGGACUCCAUGUAUUCAUAGAUUUAUAUAGUUUCUACUCUGUGCACGUUCUUCCUUAUCUGUCAUUUCAUUUGUGUCAAUGAGUUCAAUGACAUGACAGUUCAGUCUGAAAGGUAGCGACCAGAAAUACCUACUACCUACGUGUCGUGCAGUUUUUUUGGUAAUAUUGUCCCAAAAUUAACAGUUUCCUUUUUAUUUGUGAAUAAGCAGUACUGAACCUAACAUCGUCAUGGCAAGUAGUGAUCAUUCAGCAGGUCUCCAGCCAGAAAUUAAUACUCCUCGAGCAUCUUCAUCGUGUGGUACUGCAUCUUCUGCCACUCAGCAACUUGGCGCAGGAGUUACUCAAAGUGAAAACAUUCAAGAGCUCUGCAAUCUCACAAAAGACUUAGCAUUGCAACAAUCAACCGUUAAGCCGAUUCAGGGGGAAAAUGCACCUACUACUUCUUCCGAGCCAUUGUUUACAAAUGCAGGCCAAAAUAACGAAGAAGUUCUGAAAAUAUUAAGUCAAGUUGCUGAUAAGGUAACAGAAAACACUACGCCAAAAACUACAAAGAAAAAGAAUGCGAGAAAAAAGAAAGAAAGGCUGAAAAAGCUGCAAAUUGCACAACAAAAUGUUACACCACAGCAAUCGCAGACAGCGCCACCAAGUAAUGCUUCGGUCCAAGAACUGUUUUCUAGACACAUCGCCCCUAUGUAUCAAGCCAGCCCAUCACACUACCUGGAGAAUUUAAGUUAUCACCCUCACUUUCAGUACAUGUACCAACAACAACCUCAUAACGCUGCAAGCGUUCCUGGCUCUCCUCUGGCUCAGCUACCUACUCUCAAUGCUCACCAACCUGACAUGAGGCAGAUAGAUCCUAGUACUCCCAGAUACUUGCAAAAUGUCAUGCAACACCCUUUGCUCAAUAAAUCAUAUUCAGUUGAUAGUUACCAACAAUACCAACAGCAGCAGCUACAAAGACAAAGCAUUGGAAAUGUCACUCCAAACUCCAAUUCCAGACACACACCAAAGUCAGAUAACAAACGCAGGAGUAGAACAAAAAGCAAAGAAAACAACCAAAACAAUGAUAAAAGGUUUGGACUGUACAUGCCUCUUAGUGAAGUGGAACUAGGCCUUAAGAACAAACAAUUGAUCGAAGGAGUUGUGAGGAUCAAUCCCAAACAGUUCACACAUGCCUAUGUAUCUAGUAAGGAUAGAGAUGAGCAAGAUAUUCUUAUAGAGGGGAUCAAAGAUAGAAACAGGGCUUUGGAAGGUGAUGUUGUGGUUGUAGAAAUUAUCACAGAGAGCAGCAGUGAUGAUACAGACACAGACAACAAAAAAAAUGAUGUUAUUAAUACAAUUAAUGAAUCUGGAGAUGUACCUGUGGAUGACAUCAGCAAAAAUGCUGAAAAAGAUGGCAAUGAUACUCAGACAAGUUUUGAGGAUGUAAAUGAUGAUGAUGAGGAUGCCAAAAAUAAUACUGAAGCACCCAAACCAGACAAAAAACAGAAGAGAGGAAGAGUAGUGUAUUUAAAAGAAAAAGUGCACAACCGGACAUGUAUUGGAGUAUUAAAACUGAUGCCUGAUAAAAAUAGACAAAAAGCCUUAUUUGUGCCUCGUGAUCACAGAAUACCACGACUGAAUAUUCCGUUCACAUGUUGGCCAGAUAAUUUUUAUAAAGAUGCUAAGGCCUAUGAGAAUACUUUGUUCUUAGCUAAGAUAAUGGACUGGUUUGAUUCAAGAUUUGCUAAUGGGAAGAUUUUAAAAAACAUAGGCCAAUCCGGGGACAUGGUGACCGAAACUACAGCUAUCUUAGCACAAAAUGACUUGGAUGUGACUCCAUUUGGGCAGAAAUAUAGCCACUUGUAUCCAAGACUAGAUUAUGUUAUACCAGAAGAUGAAAUCAAGUUGAGAGAGGACUGCCGAAAACUCUGCAUUUUCAGCAUAGAUCCAUCAAAUUGCUGUGACAUUGAUGAUGCUGUGUCUUGUAGAAAACUUAACAAUGGGAAUUAUGAAAUUGGUGUACACAUAUCUGAUGUGUCUCACUUUUUGACUGAAGGUACAGAGCUGGAUGAGAAAGUAGGAGAAAAAGCUACAACUAUUUAUUUAGUAGAAAAAGCUUAUCACAUGCUUCCAGAUGAGCUAUGCAUGCUUUGCUCCCUGUUUCCAGGUGUUGACAAACUAGCUUUUUCAGUCUUCUGGGAAAUAACUGACAAUGCUGAAGUUCUGAGUCAUAGAUUUGCUAAAACUGUAAUUCAUUCCUGUAGUCAAUUAGCUUAUGAACAUGCUCAAGCUAUACUUGAAGGUAAUGAGGAUGAAUCUGAUUUUCCUGAGAUAUAUAAUGGCUUCCAGUAUAAAGAUAUAAGAGAUACAAUUAAAAUAUUAGGAAAAAUUGGUGCCAAAUUUAGGCGUGGGCGUUUCGAGAAUGGUGCUCUACGUAUUGAUCAACCCAAGGUUGCUUUUCAUUUACACCCAUUUAAUGGGUUGCCAAAAUCGUAUUGGAUUUAUGAAUCCAAAGAGAGUCAUCAGCUAAUUGAAGAGUUCAUGUUACUUGCAAACAUGACAGUUGCGGAGAGAAUAUACAAGGAUCAUCCACAGCUAGCAUUUUUAAGGUGUCAUCCUCCCCCAAGUGGAUUCAUGAUGAAACAGUUAGCUAAAGCGUUGAAGCCGAUGGGAAUCGAUUUGCAAAUUGAGUCAGCAGGGAGUCUACAGCAAUCUAUCUUGCCGUAUGUAGGUCUGGAUAAUGAAGACAGAGGCAGAGCUAUGGUGCUGAGCAUGCUUUGCGCCAAGCCUAUGGCGAGAGCAAAGUACUUUUGCGCUGAUGGGGUUGAUGAUGAUGAUUUUCACCACUAUGCUCUAAAUGUACCUUUGUAUACACACUUUACUAGCCCUAUUCGGCGAUAUGCGGACAUCAUGGUGCAUAGACUAUUAACAGCCAGUCUCAAAAACAGUGGCUCUCCAGAAUGGGAGGUAGACAAAGUCCGCAUGAUAGCAGCGCAGUGCAACAAACAGAAGUACAAUGCCAAGAAGGCGGGAGAGAUGUCCACUGAACUGUACACGCUCAAAUACAUUGAGAUGCACUCGCCCAUGGUUACAGAGGGGGUUGUUGUGGAGGUCCGGGAGAAGUACAUUGAUAUCAUCAUUGUUGCUAUGGGGCUUAAUAGGAGAGUCUAUUUCAAUCCUGACUUCCCUGGCGACUUCAAGUGCGUGAAAAACGACGCUGGCGCCAAACUAUCCCGAAUGGAAAUCCUAUGGAACAACGAUAAAGACGCAUCGCCAGACGCCCCGCGGAUCAAACAGGUCAUAGAAGUAUUCUCCAUCGUCCAGAUUGAAAUGCACAAAGGCAACGAUAUGGUUAAAGUCGAAACGAAACUUGUGAAACCGGAAGUUAGUGUCGACAACUGAAUGUAUCUUUCAGCAAAGCUGUCAAGAUGCAUGAGACUGCAUUUUAUGUCCCUUUCGCACAGUUAGCAUGAGGGUGUUUUCAUCGCACGCGACCGAAAUGUUGAGUGACGGACAGACCUAGAUUUCUAAUAUUUUAAUGACAUCUGAAAUUUCAUAAAUAAUUCUAUCUGACUUGUAAAGUACAACUUUAUGUGAUCAUAUCUGUUGUAAACUAGUAACAUUUUAAACCAACAUUAAGUAGAUGAAAUUGGUUCAAAUUGACUCUGAUGUUUCCUCAACAUCAGUUUUGACUUGACAGAUAAUAAAAUUAGGUUUGACUUUUUAUUUACUCUUAAGAGAAUGAAAUUUUAAUGUGAUGUAGAUGCACAGCUAACUAAACUAAGAUGUCAACUAUUUUGUAACAUUUAUUGUAUUAUUUUUUAAUUAAGUGUUUUAACGACAUGAAAUUUGGAGUCUCUUGUAUGAUAAAAUAAUUGCCCAUGUGGCAUGCCGGCAUUUAUAUUUAUUAACCGUCGCCUCAUAUCUCAAGAAGGACGGUUAUCAAGUCGUCUGUAUGUUUUUAUUUUUUUUAUUUUUUUU